AUGAUCAAUGUGAGUAGUAUAAGUAACAGUUUCCGGAGGGGACACAAUUUGAAUAGAGACUUUGGGAUAUUCGAAGUGGAUAUCAGAAGUUUUCUGGUGAAUGAAAAGAAUAAACUGGAUUAUUAUUGCUACGGAUGCGAUUUGUACGAAGAGCAUGGAGAGAACGGGAAGACAUGCGUAUUAAUUGAAAAGAGACGUUCUCUGUGUCGUCUGAGGAAGAAUAACAGAGUUGUUUCCUUCAACCUCACGAACGAGACAAGAGAGGCAUUGUUAGCACUAGCGGAAACAAUGCUUGUGGCUAAGCAGCAGACACCAAUUCAAAAAUAUGUUCCUCGAACCCGGCUAACAAGGUUCUUCCAAUUCUUCGUCCGAUUUGGUAGUAAGAUCAAGGGAAGGCUUGCCAUGAACAAGAGGAAAGGGACACAGGCUGAGGGCCUACCACCAUGGCAACUGUCCCCCCUGUUGAGCGGGCCAGUGCUAGCACACCACCCACUGAACCAGUCACCGCUCUUGAAGAGCAGUGCCAGUUCCUCUUCUGGCAUGAGCAUCAGUGUCAGUGUCAACUGGACUGUAUCCACCGUGAGCGAAACAGACGACAGCGACAGCGCUCAACAAGGAAAACACGCCAAAAUUGCACAGCGACACAACAAUGGCUCAACAAUUUAA